CAUGAUCGAUACUAUGCGAAUGUUUAUAGAGAUAGUAGUACUACUAUCUCUAUGGUCAAUAUUUACUUGUUGAGAAAACCCCUACUGUCAAAAUUAAUUAUUUUUUAAGAAAUCAGUCAAUUUACGGAAGAAGAAUGCCGGGCCCAGUCGAACACCGGAAUGUUACGCCACUAAUACAGUUGAUUCGAGAAGUUUUGCGAGGUAGAAAAAUUAUACUGCACAACAGGUACGCUGAUGAACAAUCCAAGCGCACCCAAUCUCCACCGAAUAUACCAGACGGUCCGUAUCACAAAACUUCGCAAAUUUACUAUUACACUCGAGAUGCGAGACGAGAAAUUAAACAACCAAUGUUAAUUGCUGCAACAAAACAAAUUGAUAUAGAGAAGAAAUCUGUCGCUGAAAAAAAAUUUAUUACUCCGGGGAAAAUCCAUAAUUGAAGUUCUCUCUGAAUCAAGCUAACUAUUAGUGUUA